AUGCCGCUCGUCUCGCUCUCCGUCGCGACAUCGCUCGGGACGUCGUUGAUCGUGGAGAUCGACCCCGAGCUCGGCGUCGCGGGGGCGAAGAGGGCGAUCGAGGACGCGCACGUGACGGCGCACUCGGGCGCGCGCGUGGACGUCGGCGCGUUGCACGGAUACGGCGCGUUCGCGGGCGGCGUCGGACUGUGGUACCCGGUGGACGACGCGGCGCUUCGAAGGGGGCGAUUCGAGUGCGUCAUGGCGCAAGUUCGAGCGCGUGACGGUGGGGGCUCGAGCGAGGACGACGAUGGGUUCGGGGCUAUGGUGACUCCAGAGGCGCUGCGGGCGAGGAACAAGGCGGCGCUCGCGUCAUCGCCGUUGGUGUCGCCGACGGCGGCAACGACGGCCGUGCAGCCGAUGGCUGUGGGACGCUCGCCGUUGGGGUUCAUCGGGACGCCGGUCGAUCUCGGGCGACGGUUGAGCGCGUCGGAGCACGCGACGGUGGCGGCUGCGACGGAGGCGGAGACGCCGGUUCCGUUCUCUAAGGAAAAGCGCUCGGGGAAGAGAGAGAGGGAAGUGGACACGGACAACGUGGUGAAAGAGGCGAAGAAGGCGCGGGUCGAAGAAGACAAAGAUAUUACUUCUUGGGAGUUGGUAGAGGAGGCGGAACCCGUCGACUUGGGCGAACCGGUAAAGCGAGAUGUGGCGACGACGUAUGAGGAGGUCAAGUCGCUUCUCGCAAAAAAUCAAGGCUUGCAGUACUCCACCUUCGUCAAGACCCUCCUCGCGCGCAAAUCAUUCAUAGGAGCCCUGGAGAAACUCAACAUGGAUUCAUACGAUGCGCUUGUGCGCACCAUGGACGCGGUCACGGUGCAAAUCGCGGCGGUUCAAGACGAGAGCGGUAUUUACUCGUACACCGAGCUCUCCGAGAAAGUUGCGCAGAUGCGGCCGACGGUCGAUGACGACAUGGGGGAAUUCGUCACCAUCGCCGUCUUGGUGGCUCGAUUGUAUAGAAAUGGGUACGCCCAGCGUAAGCGCGUCCCAACGUGUCUGGUGAAUGGACUGACUAGACAGAUUCCGCAACACUCGAGCCAAAAGUUCGGCGUUGUCGAGCGCAUGAUCGCCCACGCCGUCCUCAAGGAGCUGGGAUACGACGGUGCGAUGCCGCAGUGGAAGGGACCGGAAGAAACUACCGCGGCGAGUGCAAAAUUACACGAAAACGUGUCGACGAGCGAGAAAGAAGACGCCCACACGUCGAAAAUUAACAUGGAGAAACAGCUGGAACAAGUUGCGCCGCUCAAACCAGAUGAAACGCGCGGAGGCACAUCUGAGUCACAAUCGAAAUCGUCUGGAAGCUCCAGUUCAAGUUCAAGUUCAAGUUCAAGCUCCAGUUCAAGUUCAAGUUCAAGUUCCAGUUCCUCAAGUUCCAGUUCCUCAAGUUCUGGUUCUGGUUCCCAACAGAAAAUGGAGGCACCGGUGCCUCAAGACGGUCAAGCCACGACGCCCCGAGACACGCCAAAAGUGAACGACAAGCGCGUACAAAAGGCGAUUUCCGCUCCAGGUGGUCUUAAUCGUAUCCUUUCAAGCAUCAACUUUGCGAAUUCAUCCGCUGGAGAUUCGUCAAAGCAGAGCACACCUGGUGUACAAGGUACGCAACCUUCCACUCCGCUCACGAAAGCGACACCAGCACAGAAACCAACAGAGCUCGAAGUGGCACCACAAGCAGUCAAACUUCCCGGCUCCAUCUCGAAGAUGUCGACGAUAUCCAUACCCAAGCCGAAGCGCAAAAAACACUCUGAAGCCGAGUACGUUGAGGUUGCGAUACCGACAGAUGGCUCCUUGCACGUCACGUGCAAAGAUAUUAAAGGUGCUUUGGCGUUGACGCAUGCGGAACAUUGGCUCGCGCAACACAAGGGACGCACUUUGAGCAGUCAAGUCACGAAGAUCUACUCGUCAGAGGGCGAUGAAUUGACACCGGUGCAAUUUGAGGCCAAAGCGGGCCUCAAAUCGUCUGGAAGGUGGAAGAGAACCAUCGCGGUUAAAGCGACGGACGGGUCCGAGGUUCCGUUGGGCGAUUUCCUAGACGCGUAUUUCAAGCUACCGGCACCGAGUACAUAG